AUGUCCUCCCUCCAAGGAAAAGGCACCACCUCCUCGGACAACCAACCCACAACCUCGACCCGCGGCGGCGCAAGCGCCUACCCAACCCCUGCAAACAACUCGGGCGGCGGCGCAGGCUGGGGCGACUCGGGCCUUCUAAAGGGCGGUCUUGAGGGCGUCAGCAACCGCCUCUCCAGCUCCUCCGGCGAGUCCCACUCCGGCAAGCUCUCCAGCGUCACUGGCGAAUACGCCUCGCUCAAGGAACAGAAGACUGCUGGGGAGCAGCGGUAUCAGCAGGAUGUUGAUGAGGCGGGCGGUGUCGUGCCUAGCUCGGGUGAUCAUGCCGAUGCGAGCUUUAUGACUGGGAAGCCCGGUGGGCAUGGGACUUUGCCGGGCUGGGAGACGGCUAAGGGGGCUGUUAAUAGUCUGAUGGGCAAUGAGUAA